AGUUCCGGCAUUGGCGAGCCCAGCGUCUACCACGCCUUGAUCGUAAUAUUUUUAGAAUUCUUCGCCUGGGGUCUUUUAACAAUGCCAGUAAUAUCGACCCUGAAUCAAACAUUUCCCGAUCACACGUUCCUCAUGAACGGACUAGUUAUGGGCAUUAAAGGCAUACUGUCCUUUUUGAGUGCACCGCUUGUGGGCGCACUCUCGGACAUUUGGGGGCGUAAAUUUUUCCUACUCAUCACAGUAUUCUUUACGUGCGCACCAAUACCGCUGAUGGCCAUCAAUUCGUGGUGGUUCUUCGCAAUGAUCUCGAUUAGUGGUGCGCUGGCAGUUACAUUUUCCGUGGUGUUCGCUUAUGUGGCUGAUGUCACUACCGUUGAGGAGCGUUCGCGUGCGUACGGCUUAGUUUCAGCUACAUUCGCCGCCAGUCUGGUAAUUUCACCCGCACUCGGCGCUUUACUAAUGGAGACCUACGGCGAUACAUUAGUGGCUGCGCUGGCCACCGCCAUUGCGGUGCUAGAUGUUUUCUUCAUAUUGGUGGCCGUGCCCGAAAGCUUGCCAGAAAAAAUACGUCCUUCAUCUUGGGGUGCGCCCAUUAGCUGGGAGCAGGCUGAUCCCUUUUCCGCGCUGCGGAAGGUAGGCUCUGAUCAGACCAUACUAAUGCAAUGUGUCGCUGUGCUUUUGUCAUAUCUGCCUGAGGCGGGGCAAUACUCGUGCAUAUUUGUUUAUUUGAAAUUGAAAAUGGGCUUCAAUUCAAUGGAAGUGGCCGUUUUCAUUGCUGUUGUUGGUACGCUGAGCAUAUCCGUGCAAGUGACUUUGGGUUAUCUAAUGCGGGUAUUUGGUGCAAAAAAUACUAUUAUUUUAGGUUUAGUACUAGAAAUGUUACAAUUAUUUUGGUAUGGACUUGGCAGUAAGUCUUGGAUGAUGUGGGCUGCUGGCAUUUUGGCCGCACUCGGUUCGAUAACUUAUCCAGCGAUAAGCGCUUUUGUUUCAAUUCAUUCGCACCCCGACAGACAAGGUGCCGUUCAAGGAAUGGUAACUGGCAUGCGUGGUCUGUGCAAUGGCUUGGGACCGGCUUUAUUUGGUGUAAUUUUCUAUUUAUUCAAUGUGGACUUGAACGAUGACAUGUUGGGAAAACCUGAUGACCCAGUACAAAAUGACAGUAAUAAAUACACAGAAUUGAUACCAGGUCCACCAUUCGCUAUUGGCGCACUUAUGGUAAUACUGGCGAUUUUGGUUGCAAUCUACAUUCCAGACAAACACAAUGAUAUCAAUGUGAAUCGAACUUCGAGUGAAAAGAAGCGUGCCUCCGUGGAUGUGCAGUAUGAAAUCGAGUGCGGCAACAAGUCGACGAGUCCACUAGCACCCCUAAUGCGAUCCGACUCAAUGGCACAAUUGUAGCUUUUAGUAAAUUAAAACCAAAUAUAAAAAAGGACAUAUUUGUUUUCGUAUUUUUCGAAGAAUUUGUGAAAUGCUAAGCAGAGGAAAGGAUAAAAAGAAAAGAAAAGAUCUAAAAAAAACCUUAAAUAAGUGCUGACUUUUUUUAUUUUGUAGAUGCUAAAUUUUAAGCUAAUUACAAAAUGAAUUCCUAUACUGAAGUUAUUUAUAAUUUUUAACUUUAAUUUAAAAAGAGCAAAUGUAUUUUUAAUGCAUGUAUGCAUGUUCGUUCUGUAUGUAUGUAUGUGCUGUAUAUAAAAGAAACAAACAAACAAAAAAAUCACAAAAACAAUUGUAGAAUAUUAAAAGAAAGAAGAGCUCUGAGCUUUGUUUAUGGUUUUAUUUUUAAAACCCAAUUUUUGAUUAAUAAAUUUGUAAAAUACGCAAUUGUCCCAACGUCCCCACAUACGAUGUUGUGCUAUAAUUAUUUAGUUACAUAAUUAGCAACAGUAUGCAUAUACGUUCGCAUAACUUGCAAUUUGUUUUAGUUAUUUUUUCACUUUAGGUGGCUACUCCACUAAGUUCAAAUGUACAAUUUAAUAAUGAGAGUUGAAAUAUUUUUGUGAAACCUUAAACUUAGCGUUGUACUGGAAUAUAAUAAAAACAAAGAGAACGAGUGCGAUAAGCAGAUUGCAUAUCUUAAAAA